GAAGACCCCGAACCCGAAGGAAGACCACUGUUCCCUGCCAUUGCAGCUCCUCCUCCUCUUCUUCUCGUCCUCUUCAUCAUCAUCAUCAUCAUCAUCAUCAUCUUCUUCUUCUUCUUCUCUUGAUCACCUCUCUCUCUCUCUCUCUCUCUCUCUAGAUUCGCUCCUGUGGUUCUGGAUUAGAUUUGAUUCGAUUAGAUUCGAUCCGACUGAGUGAGGGGAAGUCGUAGCUGUCGACUUGUGCUUCCCUCGAAUUCCCCAAGUCAAAGUGCUCUCCGUCGAGUCGAGGGUCUAAUUACAAAUGUGGACUGCCAUCUGCAGUUUCAUGUAGCUUAUGAACUGAACAGAGGCUGAGCACCGGUACUUUUGGGGACUCAGGAAUGUUGGACGGCGGUCAGAAGUUUCCUGGAAUUAUCGGUCUCAAGAACCAUGAUCACACUUAUUAUGAUUUGUCCCAAGGAUUCUAUCAUAAACUCAGCGAGGGUUCUAACAUGUCGAUAGAGAGCUUUGGAAGCCUGCAAACAAGCAAUGGUGGAGGGUCUGUUGCGAUGUCCAUAGAUAACAGCAGUGUUGACUCUAGUGAUUCCCAUGCUCGCAUUCUGGAUCACCAAGGCCUGCGACGGCGGGCCAAUGAUAACUAUUCUGUUCAACAGAGUGAGAAUCACAGAGGAGGAGUCACACAUGCUUUGAGUGAUGAUGCAUUGGCCCAAGCUCUUAUGGAUAACAGUUCCCCGACCUUGGGACUUGAAAAUUUUGAGGAGUGGACUAUCGAUCUGAGGAAACUCUAUAUGGGUGCACCUUUUGCCCAAGGUGCUUUUGGAAAGCUAUAUAGAGGUACUUACAAUGGCGAGGAAGUUGCCAUCAAGAUCUUGGAGAGGCCAGAGAAUGAUCCAGAAAGGGCGCAGCUGAUGGAGCAACAGUUUCAGCAAGAAGUCAUGAUGUUGGCCACAUUGAAACAUCCUAACAUUGUCCGAUUCAUUGGUGCAUGCCGUAAGCCAAUGGUCUGGUGCAUUGUUACAGAAUACGCAAAAGGAGGUUCUGUGCGGCAGUUUUUGAUGAAACGGCACAAUCGGGCCGUUCCAUUGAAAUUGGCUGUCAGGCAGGCCUUGGAUGUUGCUAGGGGAAUGGCGUAUGUUCACGGGCUUAGUUUGAUCCACAGAGACUUAAAGUCUGAUAAUCUACUAAUUUUCUCUGAUAAAUCAAUCAAAAUUGCUGAUUUCGGGGUUGCUCGAAUUGAGGUCCAGACCGAAGGAAUGACACCCGAGACGGGAACUUACCGUUGGAUGGCCCCGGAGAUGAUCCAGCACAGGCCCUACACUCAGAAAGUGGAUGUAUAUAGUUUUGGAAUCGUCCUGUGGGAACUAAUCACAGGAAUGCUCCCCUUCCAAAACAUGACCGCCGUGCAGGCGGCAUUUGCAGUUGUCAACAAAGGUGUCCGCCCAAUCAUCCCCGGAGAUUGUCUACCCAUUCUCAGCGACAUUAUGACUAGAUGCUGGGAUGCCAACCCAGAUGUCAGGCCUCCUUUCGCUGAAGUAGUGAGAAUGCUUGAGAAUGCAGAGACUGAAAUCAUGACGACUGUUCGCAAGGCUCGCUUCAGGUGUUGCAUUACCCAGCCAAUGACUAUGGAGUGAUUCGAGUUAUGGGGAAAUAAGGCCAUGGCGACAUACAUGAUACAAGGGCUUGAAGAAGAAGAAGAAGAAGAGGAAGAGGAAGAGGAAGAGGGGUUGUGACGGGAGUUCAAACCCAGGUCUAAGUAGAAUUAAUUGUAGUGGAAGAAGGUAUUAAAUGUGUGUAUACUUGCGUUCUUGGCUUAUACGUCACUUAACUGCUUUGAUUAUGCUAUGUACACUUGAUUCAGUACUCUCUCUCUUUCUUAUUUUAUUUUUCAUUGUUACCCAAAUAUGCCAGUUUCUCGGUUUUACGA